CGCAACUUGAAGUCAAGGUCAUCGCGUUAGUGUAGCAUGGCCAGAAAAGGCGAGCGUGUAGAUUUCCAGGAAGAUGAUGACGAUGAUAUUUACGACCCCAAAAGCAAAGGAUUUUGCCGUGCUUGUGUGGAUUUAUCGAAAUUUGGCCUUUCAAAAACGAAGAAAAUAGUAUCAAAGCCAGAUGUCGAAUGCCCAGCAGAUAAAAUUGAACUUGGCAGAGCAUCAUGGACUUUACUGCAUACUAUGGCAGCAUAUUAUCCAAUGCAUCCGACAGUAAAGCAACAAGAAGAUAUGAAAAGUUUUCUACAUACAUUCGCUCAGUUCUUUCCAUGUCGACCAUGUGCCUAUGACUUUGAGUCUAAUAUGAUAUUACAUCCACCAAAGUUGGAGAAUCGUAACACACUAAGCGGUUGGUUAUGCUUACAGCAUAAUUUAGUGAAUAAAAAAAUCGGUAAACCAUUGUUCGAUUGUAGUCGUGUACUGGAACGUUGGCGUUAUGGUUGGAAGGAUAACAAUGACUGUAGACUACCGGAUCAAGAAUAAAAAUAAUAAUAAUAAUAAUAACAAUGAUAAUUAUAAUAAUGGUUGUACACUUGUACAGUAGUUUCUUCCUCUUGUAUAUUUAGCUAUGCAUGUAUGAUCUCCCCUUCGUCCUCUCCUUUUCCUUCUCCUCCUUCUGCUUACUGCAUAGAUAAUAACUUCCAACUAUAGGAGUACUGUUUCUUUCUUGACAUUUUGUCGUCCAUUAUUUCAUAUCUAAAUUGAUAACACAUUUUUGUUUUUCUCCUAAACUGUGAAUCGUGUUUUGUUUUCUGUUUUUUUUUGUACUUAGGUAUGAUUAACAUGUUUUCUAGUAGUAUUAUUUUGUAUUCAGGGAGAGAAAAAGAGAACAGAAGAAGAAAUAGUUAUCAAUGAGAAA